GGGGAGGGGUUAAGUAAGUAUGACUUAGCUAUCCUGUCUCCUGCUCUAACUGCCUUGAGACAGCUGAAGAAUUUUAAAUGAGAAGUCACCUUGAUCCUCUGGUUCGGAUUCUGAUUUUCCUUCAUUCCAGCUGUAAUCACGAUGGUGAUAGUGACUAAUGCUUCUGUAGCAACCCUCUGUGCUUGGUGCCCUUAUCCUUAUUUUACUGAUUUGAUAAGGAAGGAGGCAUUCAGAGGUUAGUGACUUGUCCAGGGUCACAAAGCUAGUAAGCUUAAAUUUGAGACACCAAGGCCAGUCCUUUCUCCACUGUGCUUCUUCUUGCUCAGGUUAUUAAGCACCUAAUACAUGCCAGGCACUGUGCCUAAAUAAAAACAUUCCCUGCUCUCCAGGAGCUUUCAAUCUAAGGGAGGGGGUGGAGGGGUGGAGAGGGAGAGACAAAGAAAAGGAUGCUGGAGAAGGGUGGGAAAGAAGGUGCCUGGCUGGGGUCAUGAAGAGUCAGAAAUGACUGAACAAAAUACGCAAAAUUCUGUGCUUAGUUCUGAAGAGAGAAAAAGAGGCACAAGCUGAGCCCUGCCCUUAAGGAGUUCAUUAGAGUGUCCUCAUGCUGAUAUCAGUAGCUCUUUUUAUUAACAGAGAAAGGAAAAGUGGGAAUUGAAACUUCAUACCCCUGUUGGGAAGAAUGGAGAUGGAGUGGGCAGGAGGCAAAUCAAUAGGGCUACUCCUGCUUAGGACAACUAAUUAGACUAACGGGCUUAAUUUCCAGUUUUUUAAAGACCAGUCUGCACCGAGUGUCCUUCACUGAUCGAAAUUCCUUACUUCCUCUGAUACAGCUUCCCUGCUAGGUUAAUCUGCUUCUGUGUUCCCUUUGAGCUACUCUUGGCACACUGCCACCCUUAGAAGGGAGAUGUAUGUGGUUAACCUGUUAUUAAAAAUGUAUCGGUAGAUGGCUUAGAUCCCAAAGAGAUCACAAAGGAGAAAAAGGGUCCCACAUGUGCAAAAAUGUGGUGGCAAGGACCUGGAAACUGAGUGGAUGCCCAUCAGUUGGGGAAUGGCUGAAUGAGUUAUGGUAUGUAAAGGUUAUGGAAUAUUGUUCUAUUAAAAAACAAUCAGCAAGAAGAUUUCAAAGAGACCUGGAGAGACUUGGAGAGACUUGCAGGAGCUGAUGCUGAGGGAAGUGAGCAGGACAAGGAGAUCACUGUACAUGGCAACAAGAUUAGAGGAUGAUCAAUUCUGAUGGAAGUAGUUCUUUCCAACAAUUAAGAUGAUCCGGGCCAAUUCCAAUGACCUUUUGAUGAAGAGAGCCAUCUGCAUCCAGAGAGGACUGUGGCAACUGAGUGGGGCUCACAACAUAAUUUUCAUUCUUUUUGUUGUUGCUUGCAUUUCAUUUUCUCUUUUUUUUCCGGUUUGAUUUCAUUUUUCUUGUGUAGCAUGAUACAUGUUAUAAAUGGGUAUACAUGUAUUGGAUUUAACACAUGUUAACAUGUUAAACAUAUAUUGGAUUACUUGCCAUCUAGGAGAGGGAGGGGAAAAUUUGGAACACAAGGUUUUGCAAGGGUGAAUGUUGAAAAAUUAUCCAUGCGUUUUUUUGAAAAUAAAAAGCUGUAAUAAAAAAUAAUAAUUUUUUUUAACUCAAUAGAGCUUCCAGCAAAAUAGUUGCAAAACCUGGCUUUUGGAUUCCUCAUCUCUAAAGCAACCGAGGGGAAUAAAGGCAGCAACAGUGCUUUGUAGCAUCUGCAAAGUCUGCUUCUUAAUUUAUCAGCGUCUAUGUAUUGUUUCUUGUAAGCAAUUUUUGUCAUGGCCCAGGCCUUCUAUGGGUAGUGACUUCUGACUUCUCCACUCACACUUUAAGCUGAUCGCCCAGCCAGGGGCUGGGCUAAUGUCUCAAAGUUAGGUUCUAUUCCUGAGCAGACAUCUUUUCGGCUUGGAAAAAAGACCAAAGACACAAUUUUCAUGGGUCGGAAUCGAUAUACCCGUAUAUUCAUAUUUUCCUUAGGCCGGCCACUAAACCCCUGCCUGAAGUCAUAUUUACAUAAACUGGACGACAAUUCUUGGAGGCCAUGUUCCCUUCUAGUCAAGCCUUUUGUUCCUUUCUCCUCCCCCCCCCCCCUUUUUAUUUUUUUAUUGUGAGACUCUCAAACGUUUUGAAUUUGGUUUCUUUAAGUUCAACUUGGUCAGCGUUUUUCCCCUACCUUUUAGAACCCAAAGGCUCGGCGCUUUUUUUUUUUUUUCCUGCCGAUGCAUCCUUCGAGAACCAAGUAGCCAUCCUAGCUUGGUGGUACAUUGGAGGAGGCAAUCAGGCUGUGAAAGUGGAGCUCAGGGAGCUCACUAUGAGACAUUAAAUGGAAUUUUAUAUUGGUAACUGUACAAAGCAGAUGGUACAAUCUAAAAAUAAAGACUUUUUUUUUUUUUUUUUUGGUAGGAUGUGAUGGCGGCAGCCGUGUUAGUGGAAAAGACUCAUUUCGUAGCACCCACGCAUCUACCAUAAUAGGAAAAAAAGCUGUAAGGUUUAUAAAGUAUUUUAAUUAUUUUGAGUUUGGAAACUUUUAACAGGAAAUGAAACUACAAGAAGGGUUACUUGAAAUACUCCCAUAAACUCCCAUUGGCCGAGCUAACUUUCACACAGGCUUUUUUUGGCCGAUCAUCUCUUUCCAUUUUUCGGCUGCAUCCGGUUUCACUUUCGCUCUAAGUAAUUUACAACGGCCCCUCCCUCCGUACUUCUCCCUGGGGGCUUGACUGCUUGCUCAAUCCGCCAUUUAAGGCUCUCUACUGAGACCAGUUCCAUUUAGGGCCUUCCUCACUCCGCCCCUCCCCCACAGAGCUUCCACCCUGGUCCGAUUUUCCCGCCCGGACCCUUCCCCCCUUUCCCCCAUCCUCUUGUCCGCAGGGUCGUGAUUGAACUGACGGCUGGCUCCCUUCUGCCCUUAGCAGAAGGCAGGGACCGCCUUGAAAAUUGUGCGCUUAAGUAUUUCCUGGAUUGGUUCGAACGGAAGUGGAAAAAACAGCAGGCACGAGGAGGCGGAAGCUAAGGUGGAAGGCUUGGCCCUGUCUCCCCCGCCCUGGAACCUAGAGGGAGUCCCAGAGCGAAGGGGGCGGGGCCAGAGUUCCAACAGGAAGGAGACUCGAAGAAGUACCGGAAUUGGGGCCAGCCCACAGCGCCGCCGGAAGUGGCGUCGGUCUCGCGCCGGCGCCAAAUUCAAAAGAGCCGCCCGCGAGAAAGACAACCACUAGCUGCGCCGGAAGUGGAAAGGGCGUCGCACUACGUCGCGCCAAAAUUCGAACGCGAUGACGCGCCGUAGCUGAGGAAACCAGUGUUGUCCAGCGCGUCUCCGAGGCAGCCGGUAGUCGGUUCUCGGUGUCCGGGCCGGCGCACCUCGCCGGGCCAUGGCACGGGUUUUCAGACGAGAAACCGAGGACAUCACCCCUGAAUCUAAUUUUCCAAGGAGAAAGCAAGAAGAGAAGAAAAACAGGGUCACACCACCGCUCAUAAUUUUGGAUUCUAGCAGCGACGAAGAAUUUGAAAAGGUGUUGUCUCAAGUUAUUCCAAAGAUCUCUUCUGGGGAGAAAAGAAAUGACCAAAGUGAAGCAAGUACUAGCUCUGUUCAUGAGUCAUCUGGAAAAAAAGAGUCUGGGGAGAAUCCUAAAGGGAACAAAACCUGCAAGAGUCCUUCUGAGGAUAUGCUAAUCUGUGUUGAUGAUGAUUUUGAUGAUCCAAAGCCUGGAUCUUCAGGCAUUCCAGGGCCGAGGCCUGCCCUACCAACUAUUUUGCUCACACCAAUUGAUCUGCAGAGCCGAAGAAGGAUGUGCCGUGUAGCCGGUUGCUUCUUGGCUGACCUGUCAAAUCCGACAUGCGAAUAUGUGAGAUACUUUCAAUGGAAAAAGACGGAGCUGACUUGGAAGCUCUAUCACUUCUUUAAUGAUACAAUAUUUGACAAACAGUUACCAGAAAAAAUGACCAUCAACUGGAAUAACAAGAUGCGGACUACAGCAGGCUACUGCCAUUUUUCUGGCAAAAAGGGGGGUUCCCAAGCAGGACGGAGUGUCCAGAUCGAGCUGUCUGAGAAAGUCUGCGACUCUGCAGACCGGCUCCGGGACACCCUGAUCCAUGAAUUGUGCCAUGGGGCUACUUGGCUGUUCCACGGCAUCAGAGACUGUCACGGUCCCUUUUGGAGGGUCUAUGCCCAAAGAUCUGCAUUGGUGCACCCUGAAUUGCCUGUGGUGAAACGCUGUCAUACUUAUGAGAUUCACUAUAAGUUUAUCUACGAAUGUUCUUGCUGUGAAGCCAGGAUUGGCCGCCAUUCUAAGUCGGUGAAUACCAGCCGUGCGAUGUGUUCUCUGUGCCACGGGCACCUACGCCUGCUCCCACCCAAUCAGAACAUGAACAUUAACUUGUCUAAAGUCACGCAGGCCAUUCCCAUCGAUUCCCGCGUGAGAAGACGUCCACCUCCUAAGAAGGCCAAGAUUGAGUCGCCCUCAAAAGGGCCUGCGAAGAAGAAGGGAGGCCGGGAAGGUGGGGGAUCUGGGAGCCAGGGCUCUGGCCAUGCUUCAGGCAGCACUGUUUAGAUAGGUUACUUUUAGAUAAGGUUUAAGUUAUGUUGAAAUGUUUGGAAUCAAUUUUACUGCUGCUUUUAGAAUCCCAUGCCUUUAAGCAGUGAUUUCCCAUCACUGCCCAAGGAACACCACUGUGAAGUCUAGCUUUACUCCCUCUGAGGGAGGAGCUGGAGGGGGAAGGGGGGGAGGAGGGAACCCAAAACAGGGAGGCCGCUGUGGGGGGCAUUUUGGGAGGAAUGUUUUAAUGUAAAAUUUUAGUCUGUUAUUUCUGUGUUGAAUUUUCUUUCUUACACAAAAAUUAAAUACCAAGUAUUUGAUUUUAUUGUGAAGAAUAAAAGUUUUUACGGCCUCA